AUGCCUCAAGACACCCAGCAGCCCGCCAAGCAUAAGGAGGGCUUUUUCGAGAAGAUUUUCGACCACCAUCAUAAGCAUGGACACGAGGAGCAGGAUUCCAAGGAUAAGCUGCAAGGCGGCGAAGGUGGCAUACGUUCCGAUUUGAAGAAGGACGAGGCCGGCUUCAAGCAAUAUCUUAAAGAGGAUGAACAGCUCGAGCAAGAGGGCCAGACCUAUGGAGGUUUGAUGUGA